CCAUGUCUAAUUAAUUACCUUCCUCUUGCCGUUCAAUAGCUGGCUCUUGAUCCAUGUAAUCGUAUUUCUGUCCAUGCUGGCUUGAUUUAAUUUCCCCCUUAGGAUAUCGCGUGGCACUGUGUAUCAGAUGCCUCACCAAAACCCCGGUGUGUUGUAUCCGCCGUGGCCCCUUUGUCUGCAAUUACACAUUGUAUUUAAAUAGCAAAACCCUCCAGAUUUGUCUGCUUAUGCUGCUGCAGAGCAAACCCCGGGUGUUUGGCUCCUGCCUGGUCCCCUGGCAGUGUUUGCUCUGUGUCCUGUGCUCCGCUUCCCACCCAGCGGAUGCCGCGGUCCAGGCCCCCAUCCCAUACAGCAUCUCCCGCAUCCCCAUCCCAGCCCCGGGUGGGAAACCAGCCCCAUGGAAAGCCGCGGUCGUGCCCUGGUGAGCCGGGGUAGGGCAGCUCCCCUCGCCCUGGCAUCCUCUGCCCCCCUCCACGGGCCGCCGUCCCCUUUGUACGGGGGAACAAGGGCCGGUCUGUGCGGUGCGGGGGCCUCGCACGCCUCCCCCCGCCUCCGCGCUCGCGUGCCGGCCCCGCACAGAAGCCGCGUUGUUCGCCCCACGCCAGAGCCGAGGUUUUGGGGCAGCCGGGCUGAGGGUUAAACCCUGCCUCUGGCUCCUGGCACCCGCCGGCCUUUUCUUCCUGCUCAUCCCUUGCCUUCCCUUUCCCUUUCGCUCUGCUCCCGGGCUCUGUUUUUUCCCUGAUAUCCUUCCUGCUUUGCUCCGGUGUUUUGGAAGUUGGUGGCUCAAAGCACGCUCCAGCUGAACCCGGCGGGUCACCUCCGUGCCUGGCGGGCUCCCACCUCCCACCCCGCUAGUCACCAUGGCGUCCCGCAUCGGCCUGCGGAUGGAGCUGAUGAAGCAGCAAGCGCAGCAGGAGGCCGAGAGGGAGCGCAUGCAGCAGCAGAUGAUGAUGAACUACAUGCAGCAGCAGCGGAUGCCGGUGGCCUCCACCCCAGCCAUCAACACCCCCGUCCACUACCAGUCCCCACCGCCCGUGCCUGGAGAGGUCCUCAAGGUUCAGUCCUACCUGGAGAAUCCCACCACGUACCACCUGCAGAAGUCACGGGACAAGAAAGUUCAGGCUUAUCUCUCCGAAACCUACGGGAACAAGUUUGCUGCCCACGUCAGCCCCGUCAGCCACUCUCCCAAACCGCCCCCCGCCGCGUCCCCCGGCGUCCGACCCAGCCACGUCAUGUCCUCGUCGGCGGGCAACAGCGCGCCCAACAGCCCCAUGGCCAUGCUCAACAUCGGCUCCAACCCCGAGCGGGAGUUCGAUGAGGUCAUCGAUGACAUCAUGCGCCUGGAUGACGUUUUGGGCUAUAUGAACCCCGAAGUCCACAUGCCCAACACACUGCCGAUGUCCAGCAGUCACAUGAAUGUCUAUAGCGGAGACCCCCAGGUGACAGCCUCUCUCGUGGGUGUCACCAGCAGCUCCUGCCCCGCCGACCUCACCCAGAAGAGAGAGCUGACAGAUGCGGAGAGCCGAGCCCUGGCGAAAGAGCGCCAGAAGAAGGACAAUCACAACCUGAUCGAGAGACGGCGAAGGUUUAACAUCAACGACCGCAUCAAAGAGUUGGGGAUGCUGAUCCCCAAGGCCAACGACCUGGACGUGCGCUGGAACAAAGGGACAAUCCUGAAGGCGUCUGUGGACUACAUCAAGAGGAUGCAGAAGGACUUGCAGAGGUCACGAGACCUGGAGAAUCACUCACGGCGUCUGGAGAUGACGAAUAAGCAGCUGCUGCUCCGCAUCCAGGAGCUGGAGAUGCAAGCACGCGUCCACGGGCUGCCCACCUCCUCGCCCUCGGGUGUCAACGUGGCCGAGCUGGCUCAGCAGGUGGUUAAGCAAGAAGCCAGCGGGGACGAGGGGACGCUGGAGCCACUGCUGCCAGCGCCGGACCCCGAAUCGCAGCCGCAGCCAACGUUGCCUCCACCACCCCAGUCUCCCUACCACCAGCUGGACUUUACCCACAGCCUGAGUUUCGACGACGGCUCCCGGGGCUUCCCGGACAGCCUGGAGCCCGGCCACAGCGCUUCCUUCCCAUCCCUAUCCAAGAAGGAGCUGGACUUGAUGCUGAUGCAGGACACCAUGCUGCCCUUGGCCUCCGACCCCUUGUUCUCGGCCAUGUCCCCAGAGGCCUCCAAGGCCAGCAGUCGCCGGAGCAGCUUCAGCAUGGAGGAUGCAGACAUGCUGUGACGAGGAGCUGCUCCAACGCUGGGGGCGAGGACUGGACCUUCGAGUUUGGUUAGUGAAGUUACAGGGCACUCUUCUCGCAGGAGGAGCCCGUCCUGCCGCGCACUUGAAUCUACGUAGGAGUACCUUUUCUCUAUGCAACGGGGGUCUCGGAUCAAGGCUCGCCGGGUACCGCCAUGUCUUUCGCAAGCUUGUUUUUUGCCAGGAGCUGGAGCGGACCUUCUCGGCUUGCCAUGGCGUUGGCCUGACUGCAGAUUCCCCAGCCUGGGAGCGUGAUCUCGGCUGCUUUGCCUUUCAGUGAAACCCUCCCGGAGCGAACCCCUUCCCCAGGGUGCUGGCUCAAAGCCGGAGCUGACAGGAGCCUUCAAGUCCCCGGGAGGAGGGGGACGAUGCUCAGAGCUUUUUGUCUGCCUUGCUGCCUCGUUGCCAUCUCGCGCCGGGAGCCCACGUCCCCAAGGAGUCUUCCCCAGUGGGGGACUCUGAGCCCUGUGGAUGCUUCACAGUGCCACGUCCUUCAUGAUUCCUCCUUCCUCGGAGCACCCGCUGCCUCCCUGGGUCGCAGGGCCGGAGGGAGAGGGGGUGUUAAUUUGGCGCACGUUAAUUCACGGUGCACGGGGGGGUGUUGUCUGAGUGACCUGGGUUGGAGCCUACAAAUUUAGGUUGAUGUUGAAGCCUUCCAGAACAGCUGGGAUGGGGUGUUUGAUGCUCGCUCAACCCUCUGCUGUGAUCCCCACCUUGUGAGGAGACCCCACCUCAGGGUUUGCCAGCAUCCAGCACCCCAUAACCUCGCUGGCCUCCGGACAAGGGCUGCAUGGUGCCGGGUGACCUUCAGCCUCCCUCAGGACAUCCCUGCAGAGGUGCCUCUGCCCCACGACACCAAGCCCUGCCCCUCUGAAGAGAAGAACAGAAGAUUUUUAUUUUGGGGAUACUUGUUGAAAGAGGAUGUCCUGCCCCAUGUCUGGGCGUGGAGGUCUGGGCUCUGGCCAGGGACCAGGGGGUGAUUUGUGCCGAUUGCCAAACCUGAGCUGCUGCUCUGCCUUUGGCUCACGGGGUGUAUUUCUCUCCUCAGCGUCACCAGCUCGUUCCCCAGCCAGGAUGGCUCAGUGAUGGGGAGCUGCUUUGGGCUCUGCAUCAACUUUUGUCUACUCAGCUCGGCUGGUGGCAGGGAGGGAGCUGGGCAGGGGAGGGGGACACUGUUCAGAAGGAAAAUAUCACCCAAAUUUGUUCUGAAGCCUGAAGGGGAGUGCAGGGAAGGCUGGGGAGAGGAGACCCCUUUGUGAUCCUGCACUAGAGCACAGCAUCACCCCCCCGGGCCCUGGGAGCUGUGGCUGGAUAGACAGGGGCCCACGCAGGGACGGGGGUCACUGGGUGCACCCCAUCCUGGGCCAAGGAUGGGGGAUGUCGUGGGGUUAGGACUGUGAGGGGAAAGCCCAGCCCAGGAGGGACAAGCUUGCUCCAUGGUGGCUGGAUUUGGGGUUGUGAGGUGGGGGACAGCCCUGGAGAGGUGCCUGUUGGACAAGAGGGUACGGGGAUGUGCAGAAGGUGAGGGAGGAGAGGGGGAAGGGAAGAGGGAGGACACGUUGGAGGUGUCCUGGGGCGCUGGGGCAGUGCAGGGACUGGCCGCUGCCCUGCUGGGGUGCGGGGAGAGGGGCGGAGGGGAUGUCGGGGUGCUGGGCGAGGGGCACUGGGCUGUGCCCUGGCAGGUUUGGGGUUAUUUCACCCCACACGUUCACAGGAGGCCUUGGCAUCUUCGUGUGUUGCCGUUAGUGCCUGUAAAAAGGAUAAUCCCCACGGCAGGGCAGCAGCACCCCAUACGCUGUGCUGAGCACCUACAGACAUGGGCGGAUCUGCAGACACCAGAGGGUCUGUGCGGGUGCUUCGGGGUGGGGUGUACGAGAUCCUUGGUCGCUUAGGAUUAUCGUGGCUAUGGGGUGCUUCUGCUGGGCCCUCGCUGGUGGGACACGGCCUGUGCAGGGCUGGCUGGGGCACGCACCCACCCUGCUCCGGGCACCAGCGGGCAGAGGAUCGUCUGCUGCUCAGCACAAGCCGUGGCGUAUUCCCCUGGCUGUGAAUAAACAGUUGUGGAUUUAUUUUUUUUUUUUUAAUCUUCGGGGGUUUUUUUUGUUUGUUUUAUUUUUCUUUUUUUUUAAUGCACUGUGCUCUGAUUAAAAAAUUUUACUACUGUUUUAUAAAUAAAUGUAUAAAAGAAUGAACUGGAAUGGAAGA